UGCUCAACGCGAGUUGGACUACAGGAGAAAAUCGAACAUGAGAUAACACAAGGAACUUUUUCCAUUUUUUCAGAGCGGCAAAUUUGGAUUUUUCCUGCACGUUCAACUUACAGGGAUAUCCUGGAGUACCUUAGAGGAAGACAAAAAGACUGCAAAAACUAUAAGUGUGUAUGCGUGUGAGAUUGGAACUGAUCCUCACCGUCCACACAGCCCUUUACACAAAGAAAGAAAUGCAUACUUCUUUUUUAAUGAACUCCAAUAACUAGGACUGUCAAUCCCCUGAAAAAGGUCACCAUGACAAAAAACUUCUCCUGUAAGGACCAAACAACAAACUUAACCCUUGACCCGUGUGGAGAUGACGACACACUGCAGGUCCCGCUGGCAGUGAGCUACUCUAUAAUCUUCAUCCUGGGUCUAGUCGGGAACCUGGUGGCUCUGUGGGUUUUCUUCUGCGUCCACUCCAAGAAGAACUCUGUGCGGGUGUUUCUCAUUAACAUUGCAUUUGCAGACCUGCUGCUGGUGGUCUGUCUGCCAUUCAGGAUACUCUAUCACAGCCAAGGUGACAAAUGGAAUCUGGAUCCCAUCUUGUGUAAAGUAGUGGGCAACCUCUUCUACAUGAACAUGUACAUUAGCAUCACUCUGUUAGGGCUGAUCAGUGUGGAUCGCUACUUUAAGAUCCACCAAAGUGUAGGAAUGCAGCGCAAACUCUGCUCCACAAAGCUCAGCUUCGCCCUGUGUGCCAUUGUCUGGAUUGUGCCCACUUGUAUCAUUUCAGUGAUGGUGUUAUCAAAGAAUGACUCUCCUCAUGUGGGCAGGUGUUUCCACUACAAGAAGCUGGAUAAUACAAAGUGGAAGGCUUACAUCAACAUGUGUAUGGUGGUUCUCUUUUGGCUAGUCUUCAUCUCUCUGAUGAUGUCCUACGGGAAGAUCGCACUCAAGCUGCUGAGGACGUCACAAGCAAAUCCAGAUCUGCCCAACUCCACUCGCUACACUCGAACCGCCAAGAAGUCCUUCUUCAUCCUCUUUCUCUUCUGCAUCUGUUUUGUGCCCUAUCACGUGGUCAGAGUGUUUUACAUAAAAACGCAGAUCACAAACACUUCGUGUUUCUGGAUGUGUGUCGCUGACAAAACCAACGAGGUGGCUCUGCUGUUUUCUGCCCUCAAUAGCUGCCUGGACCCUGUCAUGUACUUCCUGUUAUCCUCUUCAGUGAGGAAGGAGGUGCUGCGCUUGGUGAACAACGUGAUCUGCUUAAGAGAUGUUACAGGCAUCAGUGGGAGCAGCUCCACUGCCGAGAUGGAUAGUAGAAAUGGGAGGACUGACAGAGAACAGCCAAACACCAGUCUAAUUAGUAAUACAAAGAUAGAAAGCGGUUUAUAAAUCCCCACACAGCAGAGCUAUAACUCUACUGACGUAAACAACAUGUAAAUAUGACAGAAGCCAGCAGAAGAAGAGGAGCGCGACAGGGCAGCUGCUGCUCUUGCCUGUGUGCGCCUUUACUUGGUGCUUACCUAAGAAAAACCUUUGAACUAAGGCUUAUUUUGAAAAGUUUUACGACGACUUUACAUUAUUUUAUGCAGAGGAAAUGUACUGGCUCUGUUACACUGUAGGGUCUAUGAUUAGUCCUGUGAGUAAACAUUUGUGUCAUGAUGGGAGUGGGCUCUUUCCACUGAGCCUCAAUAUAUAAGACUUGGAACGACAGAGGAAUAUCUAUCUGCACCAGAAACUUGGACACUCAGUGACAGGAACACUGAAGCUGGUGGUCCCGCAAGUUACUGUGGGUUUUGUUUUCUGUACCAGUGUGGAUCUUUUCUUCUGUAACUGGGUUUGUGGAUGUGUUGUCUUCGAUGGUAAAGAAUCCCAAAAAAUUCCUGAGCCCCACCUCUGGAAACUUUUUUCAUGUAAAUCCGUCCUUAAUGUUACGAGUAAUCCUGCAAAUUAAAAAAUAUGUCCUUUCUUAUUAUAGAGAAACUUGAAUGUACUUGUGUGCCAUCAGACAUUUUGAGUUUUCAUCAUCAGCAUUGUUUUGAUGUUUGAAUUCAAAUAGUUUCAAAGAUACAGGGCAAAGUAGCAGUAGCAACCCCUCACCACACACACACACACACAUACACACGUAGCUAGGGGUGUUUAACUUUGCCAGAUGUGACAAAAAAAAGCAAAAAUAAAAAUACUUAAGUCCAUCAAAGGCAGGACCACUUGGACUUUAAUGCUUUUUUUUUUUUUUACAUAAGCUGAUGUUUUCAUACUAUACUGCUCGAGUGAAACUGUGAACUUAAUCGGGGACUGAGCAGUUCCUUUCACGCCCAUAUGCUGCAUUAAUCUAGUAUAAGCACUGAUAAACGAGAGACACAAACCACAAUUACACAGAUAGAAACAUGAUAACAAGUCAAUACUCUUUUCCCCUCACUGCAUUUAUCAAAGCAUUUGUCAAACACUGUUUAAAUAUAAACGUUUGUGUGACCCUGCAGAUGACCAUACGUCACUAACAAAACACGCUGAAGACAAAGUGAAGGAAAGGUGACAGGAACUUUGCAGACUCGAUCAAAGCCUGAACUUUAUGAUAGUUACAACAGCAUUAGAAAAAAACCCCAGAGAAACGCUUACUGAAGUGAAAGCAUGGGGCUUCACUGAUAAAUACCACUCUUCACAGG